UUGGCAUCGGGGGAGCGGAGGGGAAGCAUUUCGAGAGACUAAUAAGAGCUUUUGUCUGUCGUCUAUCUGAGGAAAAAGACCCAAACGUUGUUUUCUCAUAAGUUGACUGCGUCACGUUCACAGCAAGGAGCGACGUCCUGCUGCACCGAUCAGAGCUUUGAUUGUAAGAACUCUGACACACGCAACCUUUGCAAAAGAAAAAAAAUAUAUAUAUAUAUACCACACUGGAAAAACUGUCAAGAGACGCAGUGAAACAUGACGACACUGCUUGACCUGAAGAGUAGUGUGCUAAGGCAGGUCCAGAGGAGCCAGUCUCUGAGGACCCGGAGGGAGGCCCCGCCCACUGCCAGCAGUCCCCUCACACACUGUCCUCCUGAGCCCUUACCUCGCAGGAUUUCAGGUGAAAGUGCGGAGUUCUUUGAGCGUAUGAAUGCCAUCCUGCAGAAACAGGAGAACAUGACGCGGGCAGCCCAGGCUGAGUGCCAAAGAGGGCCGUGCACAAUGCCGCCACCACAAGAGCAUGUGGACCAGGCCUUUAUAUCCGAAAGAGUCAGCAGGACAGAGCUGGAUCUGCUUUAUGAGGAAGCUGUGUACACGGUGGUCAACAGGGUUGGUGUGCCUGCUCCAGAACAUGUGAAAAGUGACGACGAGCUGUUUGCUUACCUGCUGAAGGUGUUUGACAUGGGUGAUGAGGAACAUGAGAUCAUUCUUCAAAAAGUUCAAGAAUCAAAGCGAGCCAGUUUUUCCUUGAGAGUCUCUGUUAUGAAAGCAAAGAACCUGAUGGCCAAGGAUGCAAAUGGGUACAGUGACCCCUACUGCAUGCUGGGAAUCCUGGUGGGUCAGAGCCCCCGAGAAACUGAGGAGAAGAAGGAGAGAAAGUUCAGCUUCAGAAAGAGGAGGGAAAAGCUGGAGAAACGCUCUAGCACCAAAGAAGUCUUACCUGCCAGAUGCAUUCAGGUGACCGAAGUCAAGCCAGAGACUCUAAACCCAGUGUGGGAUCAACACUUUGUGUUUGAAAUAGACGAUGUUCACAAUGACCUCUUGCAUCUGGACAUAUGGGAUCAUGAUGAUGAUGUAUCUGUUGCAGAGGCCUGCAAAAAGCUCAAUGAAGUCAGUGGGCUUCGAGGAAUGGGCAGGUAUUUUAAGCAAAUAGCAAAGUCGGUGCGUUCCAACGGCUCAUCGUCAUCGGGGUCUGAGGAGAACGUUGACGACUUCCUCGGAUGCAUCAACAUUCCUUUGAAUGAAAUUCCUGUUGUCGGAUAUGACACCUGGUUUAAGCUGGAGCCGCGGUCAAGUGCAUCUAAAGUUCAGGGGGAAUGUCACCUCAUUCUGAAAGUCUUCACUAGCCAGAGAGACACGGCUUUAUCAAAGAGGGACACAAACUUCUCCAUUCACAAGAAACUUCUGAGUCAGAUUGUGGAGUACGAGCAUGCUCAAGUUAAGAGAGAGCCAUACAACUGGAAUGGACAGGUUUCUCCUCCAGCAUGGACUGUGCUAACUCACCAUGCUAUGCAAACUGAUCUCUCACCUCUGCAGCAGGCUAUUGUGCGCUGGCAGUGCUACAGCAACCAUCAUCGGAACCAGAGGCUGUGCUACUCCCUGCUGCUGCGCCUCCUGAGGACCAUCGAUGCAGAGUGGGACCCUCCCACCGUGAGGGGAGACCUGGAGAGGCAGCUAUCAGACAGCUUCAGACUGUACACAGAGCACUGCCUGUGCCUGAUGAAGAACAUGCGUCAGGUUUUCCCCUGCACAAGCGCUGCUGCCAUUACACGCUACGAGCUCAUGCUGAGGGGGAUUGGCUACAUGCAAAACAUGAGGGCAUUUAAGACUGUUUGUCCUCUCCGAAAUGAGCUUCAUUUGGACAUCACCACUGCUGUCAAGAAAGGAACGUCUGAGUGGUAUGAAAGCUUAAUUGCCCAGUACAAACCAGAGGAAGGGUCUCUGGAGGAGCAGCUGAAAAAAAUGGUUCAGGUGAUCGAUGCCGUUUGUGCAGACGUACAGCGAGGCCAAAACAUCUACAACAAACUCUUCUACAGUGCUGUGAAAGUAGAUUACUUCAGCAUAUCAUACAGGCAGCUGGAAAAACAGGUAGCAGAUGAUGUAAAUGUAGCAAUGGAGCGGGUCUGUGGCACUCUGGAGCAGGAGAGCUCCAGACUGACUCAGACUAUGGGGGAAACCAUCUUCGAACUCUUCAUGUCUUUGAAGAUCCUCAAGGGCUUUCGAGAGUUUCUUCCCCUCAAAGACGCCAAAAUGUUGGCCCUGACAGGCUUUCAUAACUGGUUCAAGUCGUCGAUUCAUAAGUUCCUGCAGAUUGUCCAUGACAGGUCCUGCGACAGAAUCCGCAAAGCCGUGGAAACGGAUCAGCUUCAGCCUGUGCAACAAGCCAAACACAGUUGCUCAGCAGUGGAAGUGACAGCUUGCUUCAGCCAGGUACGUGAGAUCUGGCUCCAGCUGUCCUGGCCAGACUCUGCGGGGGCCUUCAUCUUUGUCACUCGUCUGACAGACAACUUCUGCAGUGAAGCUGUUUGCUACUCGGAGAUGAUGACGCGCAAGAUUGAGAGGAACCAGCUGGCCCGAGACCACAAGAAUUUCACAGUGCAGCUCUGCAUCGGCCUGAACAACGUGGAGCACGUGCGUGCUUUCCUGGCUCACCUGCCUCGAGACCUGGACUGGCCCGGCGUGGAGCGGGCCAUGGAGGAGUCGUGUGGCGCGGAGGGGAAAGAGCAGGUGUACAAAGCCCUCAACGGGCAGCUGUUCAACAUGGACCUGGACCUGCAAAGAGAAGCCAAGCGCCUAAUCACGGUGCUCACCGACAAGAUGCUGCCUGAACUGCGACGGUACAUUCAGCACAUCAGCUUGUCUCCAGACUCCAUCAACAACGACGACGCCGUUUCCCCCCUCAUGAAGUACCUUCAAGACACGAUGGUCAUCCUGACGGCAAACCUUGUUAAGGAAAAUCAUACCAGAGUCCUGCAGAGCAUGUGGGAGCUGCUCCUGCGAAUGAUCCUGGACGCGGUCACAGAAAACAGGGGUGUUCAGGUGGAGUUCUACAACCGCUUCCAGUACACAGUUGAGACCCUGUUGCAGUUCUUCCACGUAAAGGGUGACGGUCUGGCCUUGGAAGACAUGAAAAGCGGAGACUAUAAGGUCUUGGAUGAAGAGCUCAGGCUAAACAAAUGUUCCUCCUUUGAUCUGAUCGAGCAGUACUACCUGGAGAAGAUUUCCCUCCAGAAAACACUCAAGCAUACGCCUUACGGUCGAAUCAGUGUGAAAUGCUACUACGACCCUCCAGAGCAGAGACUCACAGUGGAGAUUCUGCACGCUGCGGACAUUAUCGCAUUGGAUGCCAAUGGUCUUAGUGAUCCAUUUGUGAUUGUGGAGCUCUGUCCUCAUCACCUCUUUCCUGCAGCCAAGAGUCAACGCACUCAAGUGAAGCUAAAGACGCUGCAUCCAGUGUUCGAUGAACUGUUUUAUUUUCAUGUCAGUCCUGAACAGUACAGGCACAGGUACGCCUGUUUGACCUUCACUGUGAUGGACUACGACUGGCUGUCUACCAACGACUUUGCUGGAGAAGCCGUCGCUCCGCUCAGCGACUUCUGCUGGCCGGGGAGACCAAACGCGUCGGCCGCCGGAAAGAAUGUCCAGCCCGUCAUUCUGCACUUGUCCCGCAGCAAACCCAGUGAAAAGCCAAUCAUGAGGAUGCUGGAUGCUCGCACCGGAGACAGGGAGGCUCAGGAGUUCGUCCGCAGGCUGAAGGAGAUCGAGAAGUCGAUGGAGGAGGACUAAGAGCUGUUAGUAUUGGUUGUAUUCAUGUUUUUCUGAUCACAUCUUGCGACACGUGCUUUUGUACUUGUAACAAUGUUUACAAUAUUUACCCUUUCUUUUCCGAUGUAUUGUUGGCUCGGUAAUUAUACCAAAAUGAAAAGAACACGAGGAUGUUUUCUUACUGGAAGACGAACAUCCGGUCACUGUGCAACUCUAUGCUGUCUCAGUUUAACUAUAUUUUAGAAGUCAAUGGAUAGUUGAUACUGAAUGUUACUAGUCUAUAUUUUUUGUAAUGAAGUAACUGUUAUGUUUGUUGUAUAGUAUUUGAUAUGAUAGAUUUAACAUUUAAAAAGAAUAUUUUGUGGAAGUAGCCGACAUAUAGCUCUAAGUCUAAAUCUAUACCUCAGAUAUGCUUAUUGGUUACAGAGGUGUUUUCGUGGGGGUUCUUCACAGGUAAUGUGGAGUUCAGUUGAAUGGAAGCUUAUUUAGUGUGUUCACCUGCUACAGCAUCCAUCAUGAUUAGUGGCACCCCUGGAAAGGAUGUGUUAAUCUGUAGGGGGUUUGAUUUGUUUAAUUAUCACUCUUUCUAAAGAUAUGGGCAAGUUUAGACCAAGUUAUCCGUUUCCUCUACGACUAAAAUCACCACACAUCUGUUCAACCUGCAUGCCGACUCUCUUGUUUUUCUCCCUGCAAACUGUGGUAAGAAGAAGCAAAUCUGUAUGUCACAUCCUGUGUUAUACCAUAGGAAAACAAGAUGUUGCUUGACAUGCAAAUCCACCUUAAAGCAUUAAGUAUAAAUCGCAAAAAUGAUUGAAGUACAUAUAUUUUUUUACGGUGGAGUAAAAAUUACAAAUAAAAGGGGGAAAGUGAUGCCACGGAGGAGUAGGUUUCUACAAAGAUCUUUGUGAGAUCAAUUUCACAUGUUUACAAGAAAAUACUUAGAUAUUCUCUGAUGUUGAAAACUUCAGAGCUUUUUAUUUUUUUUUAAAGAUUUGGAGACUGUAAUGUCUGGAAAUAUUUUCUUUAAAUAUUUUAUCCAAGUUUUUUUUUUUUCUUGUAAAUUUGCGAAUAGCUCCCCCGUGGCCAAUUAUUUUAUGAAAUCUUACUUUUCAUAGGCAUUGUUCUUAGUGCAAAAAAUUGUGCCACAUUUCAUGUUAUUAAAAGGUAGGCUAGCAAAUUUUAUUUUAUUUUAUUUUAGUUUGGGGUUGUUGCAAAUCUCAGGGGUGCCAUUAAUUGUGGAAAGUGCUGGAUUAUUUAUUCUUUGACGCUUCUUAAUGUAAACAUAAUAAGACGUUAAUUGGAAGAAUGCAAUUUUAGGUAGUCUGAAAUUUUAAGCUUGUGGGCCAGUAUGAGGUCUGCAGCAACAAGGUCUAACAUUUCCUCGCAAACAAGUCACUGCGUGAUUUCAUUUAACUUUUCAUCACCUUGCAUUAACACGAAAGGUCACCGAAGAAACCAAUGACAAGAGACUUCAGUGUCAUGAAAACUUAGUCACCUACCUCUUUCUUUUUUCCUGUUUGCACAAGAGCAACAGGUUAACUGAAAGCUGUUUUAUGUUUGUUCAAAGCUUUAAUAUAAAGAAUAUCUAACCUGACUCUCAGCUAAUUAGUAAAAAAAACUUGAUGAAAUACUUGCCAAGUUAUAUAAAGUGACCCAGUGAGUUCAGAUCAUUUCAAGAAUAUUUUAUUUUGUUCAGAAUUGAACAAAUUAAUGAGCAGAUGAAUCUAAAGAGUUCAGGGAAUUCAUUUCUAGGACUGUCCUCCACUUUCUCUCUUUUUGUCCUUCACAUUUUUAUCCUGAUGGAGGCAAAAAGUACCGCGUCCUCGUUUCAGGAGUGCAUGCGUUUCAGAAACAUUUUAAAAGGAAAGCCAGGCUAAUUGGUUUGGAUUCGCACAUGUGGUGUUCAGAAUCCACCAGAAAACGACUUCAGGCAUCACGACGCCCGGGAUGUGAAAGCUUUAAAUCUGCGAAGGCCUUCGUUGAUGUUUUAAAUAUGAAUCUGUUCCACAGUUUGACGCUUUCUCCCUCAAGGUGAAGAGAAGUGAGGAUAAUGACACGUGCAGUGGUAUAAUUGCACUUGAGGGGAAAGGAAAAGUCCUACCUUUUGCAAGCAGCUCUCACUGGCCUGACAAGCAGAAUUAAGCUUGAGCUCCCAAAGCUCUGUGAGUGUAGCUGGAAGACUAGGACCUUAAUGCUGCUGCAAAAAGGAUGAGGGUCACACUUUGACCUGGACUCCAACCACUCUACCUUGUGAAAAAGAAAUUCCCAUUACAUGAUUAUGCAAAAAUAAAGAAUAUUAAACAGGCUUCAAAAAGCACAAAAUAUCCACGUCCGACUCUCAGUGUUGCUAUAGCAAGUCAAGAAAUGGCUCAGUAAAUAUUGAUUAGAUUAAUCCUAGCUUAGUUUGAAAUGUCUCAAUACAUAUGUUUACUUUAUUAAAGGGAUUAUGGAUU